GGCAUAGGCGCUCGCGCAUGGGACCUAUGUCAACUUCAACUCGCUUUGCAAAUCAGUCGUCAGUCCAAACUAGUCGUCACGACGGUCGCUUGUCUGUAUAAUUCUCUUUUAACGGUCAUAAACUAGUUUUGCUGUGCAGUUUAAUAGUUUUUACGUUUCCGUGAACUUACUGUGUAAACCGUGUCUGGAAUAAUAAUCUUUCUUUGUGGGAAUAAUAACAACUAAUCAUGCCGAAAGCAGUAUUCUACUAUUUCAAAAUGAAGGGUCUGGGAGAACCAUGUCGUCUGCUACUGGCUUACGGUGGUGUGGAUUUCGAAGACAUACGCUUUGAACGACAUGGCCAAGAGUGGCAGGAUUUCAAGCCAAAAACCCCAUUCGGUCAGGUGCCCGUUCUGGAGAUGGAUGGCAAAACAUACGCACAGAGUUAUUCGAUUGCCAGGUUCCUGGGACGCAAGUUUGGACUCGGCGGAGACAAUAUCCAGGAGGAAUUCGAGAUCGAUCAGAUAGUUGACUUGAUUGAUGAUCUUAGGAAAAGGGCUGGGUCUGUCGAUUAUGAGCCGGAACCGGAUCUGAAGGAAAAGAGACACGCUAUAAAUGCGAAGACUGUUUACCCAGACCUCUUGCAGAGGAUCAACGAUAUUAUCGUUAAAAAUAACGGCUACGUGGCACUUGGAAAGUUGACAUGGGGCGACUUCGUCCUGGCUGGCCUGAUAGACUACCUGAAGAAGAUGCUGAGGAUGCCCGACCUUGAGAAGCAGUACCCUGCCUUCAAGCAGGUCGUCGACAAAGUAUUUGCUUUUCCAAAAGUCAAGGCGUACGCUGAUGCCGCCCCUGAAGCAUUGUUUGCGGCCAUUGACCAAACAAUGACGAAGGUCGUUUACCACUACUACCGGGAGAAGGCUAUGGGAGAAGCGAACCGCCUGCUCAUGGCGUAUGGUGGCCAGGAGUUUGAAGACCAUCGGAUCUCUGAUGAGGACUGGCCUGCAUUCAAGCCUAACACCCCAUUCGGCCAGAUGCCCGUGUUGGAGAUGAACGGCAAGAAGUACGCGAAGACAUCAGCCAUCUCGCGGUACUUCGGCCGCAAGUACGGGCUGGUCGGAGACACCCUGGAGGAUGCUAUGGAGAUUGAUCAGAACAUCGAUUGCCUGAAUGAACUUCGAGACAAAGCGCUGUCGGUGGCAUAUGAGCCUGACAAGGAGUUACAGGAGAGGAGACAUGCUGAGUACAGUAAGACAGUUUACCCACAAUACUUGGAGAAACUCAGCAGUAUUAUCACUGAGAACAACGGCCAUAUCGCACUCGGAAAGUUAACCUGGGGAGAUUUCGUGGUAGCAGGUCUGAUAGACUACCUGAAGCGCAUGAUGCGGAUGCCUGACCUCAUUGAGAAGUACCCUGCCUUCCAGACAGUGGUGGACAAGGUGUACGCCAUCCCUCAAGUGAAGGCCUACGCUGAUGCUGCACCUAAGAUGACUUGGUGAUAAUGGACCCGGGAUGAUUACUGAUUAAUUAAAUAUAAGAAUAAUUUUAGGGAUAAUUUUAUUAAAGAAUAUUAUGAAUUA